UGGCCCCCAUCCUAGACAGUUUAACAAAAUCUCUAGGCAGUGGGCUCUGGGCAUCAAGAAUUUUAAAGGUGGCUCUCUAAUGUGCAGCCAGGGCCAAGAGCCUCCGCCCUGGGUGUUAAUGACUUGUCCCGUCUCCGUGUUCUGUAAUGUGUUUGCAUCAUAGAAGGGCACAGGGUUAGCCAGGGCUUAUCCAAAAUGAUAAAACAUUAGUUCAGCGACCUCUCUCCAGGUCUGCUUGAUAUUAAUCACACCCUGCCUUGCACAAUAUUUGGUUAUUUUCUCUACAAGAGUGUGUAGGGUUCCUUGAGAGCAGGAAGUGUGUAUCAUUUGCCAUUGUGUUUCUCACUGAUGAUGUUCGGUGUCCUGUCGCCGACCUUCUGUCCUUCACCAAAACCAGUUGAUUUUAUUCUUAAACAUUUCUGUAUGCUGCUCCUCCCAUCCCCUCUGCUCUCCUAAUCCUGGUUUAGCCCUAGUCAUCUCUUGUCUAUUGUGAUAACCUGCUAACUUACUUCCUCUGUGUUUUGUUUGGUUUAAAUAGAUAAGUAGAUAGCUGUCGUCAAGUUGACUCUGAUUCAUGAUGAGCUUAUAUACAACAGAACAAGACAUUGCCCGGUCCUGCAUCGUCCUCAGGAUCGCCAACUAGUUCAAGUCCAUUGUUGUAGCUACUGUGCCAAUCAGCCUCACCAAGGGUCUCCCAUGCCCUCGCUGAUCCUCUACUUCACCAAACACAAUGUCCUCCUCUGGCAUUCAAAGCAAGCAAGCCAGACAAUGUUCUGUUAUGAUCAUAGGGUUUUCAUUGGCUGAUUGUUGGAAGUAGAUUGCCAGGCCUUUCUUCCUCAUCUGUCUUAAUCUGGAAGGCUCACUGAAACCUGUCCACCAUAGGUGGCCCUGUUGGGAUUUGAAAUACUGGUGGUAUAGCUUCUAGCAUCAUAACAACAUGCAAGCCACCAGAGUACGACAGACUGACAGAUGGGUGGUGGGUGUUUUAUUUACCUGUUGCUGUCAAGUUGAUUCUGAUUCAUGGUGGCCCCAUGUGUUACAGAGUAGACCUGCACCAUAGGGUUUUCUUGGCUGUACUCUUUAUAGAAGCAGAUUGCCAAGCCUUUCUUCCAUGGUGUUGCUGGAUGGGUUGAACUGCCCUUAAAUCCGUCUACCACAUAACCUUAUCAUGAUCUUUAAAGUACACAGAUCUAGCUAUUUUACUAAUUUGCUUAAGCCUUUCCCUACCUCCCCAUCACACAUAGCACCAAGCUCCUGGACAUAAGACAGCUCAUGAAAACCGUGAUGGUGUAGUGGUUAAAAGCUAUGGCUGCUAAACAAAAGAGUCGGCAGUUCAGAUCCACAAGGCACUCCUUGGAAACCCUAUGGGGCAGUUCUUCUCUGUCCUAUAGGGUUGCAAUGAGUCAGAAUCAACUCAACAGCCAUGGGUUUUUUUUUUGUAUGGGGGCUCAUUGGUGCCGUCUGGAGUCAUUCGACCAAGUAUGACUGCACACGUGCUUGGGAGCAGGGCAGGCAUAAUGGUGGCGACACUGGCUUCUUUCAUCAGUAUUUUUAUAAAGGGAGUUGAGUGAAGGAAAUGUCUUGGAAUAGACAAUCUUCCUAAACUCCCCCAAAAUAACUUCAGUGGAAACAAUUGUGGUAACGUCCACUCUGCAGUUAUUGUUUCAGUUCGACUGCAACCUGGGAAAACCUCCUGGCAUUUCUAAGUCAACUGGGAAUCAACUAGACUUCCAGAGGCCCAGAAACAAAGGGAUCGCGCUCAAGAGCCGCUCUGGGUGUUCGUGGCCCACUGGUCCCAAAGACAAUCCCAGGGCUUGUGUAUAGUUUAGCUUUUCCUCUCUCCUGCCCUUUGAGGGACAUGUUUACUAGAGGCCUUUGUAGUUUCCCGUAGAUGGCUUUUUCUAAAAAAAAAAUAAAUAAUAAUUUGUUUUAUUUUUGUUAUUGUUGUUGAGAAUAUACACAGCAAAACAAACACCAGUUCAACAGUUUCUACACGUACAAUUCCGUGACACUGAUUACAUUCUUUGAAUUACGCAACCAUUCUCACCCUCCUUUUCUGAGUUGUUCCUCCCCCAUUGACAUAAACUCUCUGCCCCCUAAGUUUCCUAUCUAGUCUUUUGAGUUGCUGUUGUCAAUUUAUUCCCAUAUAGGUGGAUUUUAAACAAGCAUAAUGCUCAAGGCAGACAUUCUUUACUAGUUAAGCUAAACUAUUGUUGGUUUUAAGAAGACUUCAGGGUCCCAUAGAUAACUUUUGGAGGAUUAUUACUAAAAGAAUAUGUUAUAAGUAUACUUGUUGUUACAGUUAGAGGCCACUGAGUUAGUUUUCAACUCAUAGUGACUGUGCAACAGAGUAGAACUGCCACCAUCAGGUUUCCUAGGCUGUAAUCUUGACGGGAACAGAUCAGCAGAUCUUUCUCCUGUGGAGCUGCUGGGUGGAUUUGAACCACUGGCCUUUAGGCUUGCAGCUGAACACUUAACCACUGUACCACCAGGGCUCCCUGUAAGUACACUUAAGGUUCAAGACUUCCCUCCAAUCAGUUGUACAGCCCAGUAUCCCGGAUCUGACACCUCAGAAUCCUCUGUGACUCUCUUACCACCCCACCAAGUCUAACCAGUCCCCUCCUUUGAAAUGUCUUUCUCCAGCCCUCACUCAGCUACUAGAUCCAGGUGUUCCUCACCCAGGCCAGGCAAUAGCCCCCCAUCUGCUCGGCCUGCCUCACUUCUGCUUCUCUUGCCAGUCUGCCCCCAAAGGAACUGUCCUGUGUACUUUUGCUCAGUCCUAUCUCCCAUCACCUCCCUCCCUGACUCAAGAGGCAACUCCAGCUCUUCAAGGUCUUCUGGACACAAAGUCUAAAGUCCUCUGUGGGGCAUCCAUGGUCUCCUGGGAUCUUCCUUCACUUCCCCAUCCAUCCUCAUCAUCCACUGCCCCUUAAUCAUUGUCCCAAAUGUUCCAAGAAAGCCCUAUUUUCCUGUCAUUUUAUCCUUUUCAAGACCUCAGCUUGUUAACUACGUGACUAAAUAUGAUUAAAGGUCCUGGGUGGUGCAAACAGUUUGUGCUUGACUACUGACCUAAAGCUUGGCAGUUCAGACCCACCCAGCAGUGUUAUGGAAGAAAGGCCUGGUGACCUGCUUCAGUAAAGAUUACAGCCAAGAAAACCCUAUGGGGCAUUUCUACGCUGUAAUACAUGAGGUUGCCAGGAGUCAGAAUCAACUCAAUGGCAACAGGUAAAUAUGAUUUAAUUUUUGUCAUUUUGUGAAAAACCCUCUUCCAGACUACUGGUUCUUAUUUUUGACUCACUGUACACAAAGACCAGGUUUCUUCUUUUCCUCUCUAGUCAGCCUUAGGAGCCCUCUGUGCUACCUCAGUGUCUCUAAUCCUCCGCUUCCUCAGAAUCUCUCUUGUUUUCCCCUUCUUCUAAGAAGCGUUUUCUAAUUACUGUGCUGGAACAUUCUAGAACCUUUUCUUUCUCAGAACAUGGUACACUACAGCAGUGCUUCUCAAACUUUAAUGGGUAGUCUAGGUCCGGUCUGGGGUGUCCAAGCUGGCAGCUGAGAGAGGAGUGGCUGCAACUUCUUGAAUAUCCACAUUUCCUCUUCUAUGCCUCUCAAGAGUUUUGAUUCAUCAUGGAUAAUCUGUCAUCAGGAGAAAUUCAGCUGAGGGCUCACCAGGUUACUGAUGAGUCUCUGGAAAGUACAAGGAGAAUCCUGGGUUUGGCCAUUGAGUCUCAGGAUGCAGGAAUCAAGACCAUCACCAUGCUGGAUGAACAAGGGGAACAACUAAACCGUAUAGGAGAAGACAUGGACCAAAUCAAAAAAGACAUGAGAGAGGCAGAGAAGACUUUAACAGAACUCGACAAGUGCUGUGGUCUUUGUGUCUGCCCAUGUAACAAGGUGAAGAACUUUGAGUCUGGUGAGGCCUCUAAGGCAACAUGGGGAGAUGGCGGAGACAACUCACCUAAUGUAAUAUCUAAGCAGCCAGGCCGGGCGGCAAAUGGCCAGCCUCUGCAAGCAGGCACAGGAGCAGCCAGCAGUGGAUACAUUAAACGUGUAACUAAUGAUGCCAGAGAAGAUGAAAUGGAGGAGAACUUGACUCAGGUGGGCAGCAUCCUGGGAAAUCUAAAAAACAUGGCCCUGGACAUGGGCAAUGAGAUUGAGGCUCAAAAUCGACAGAUAGACCGGAUCACAGAAAAGGCUGACAGCAACAAAGAUCGUAUUGACAUUGCCAAUGCCAGAGCAAAGAAACUCAUUGACAGCUAAAGCUACCGCUGUACUUUAUCAUUUAUUUACUUCCCUGGCUCCUCCUUCAGAGUCAUUACUUUUUCAGAGUUUUGGUCACACACUCUUCUAAUUGGGAGAUAAUGUAAGAAGGGCCAAAGGAGUAAAAGCCCCCUUAUUUUUUAAUUUUCUUUUUCCUUUGAGGCCAGACUGUGCUGCUCAGCCUUCCUUCUGGUAUUUUUUUCCUCAGUUCAUACUCUUAGAUUGGUUUUCAUACAUCACAUAUUGUGUUGUUUUUCAUCCUCCUUGCUUACUUUAAGCAGGUUCUUUUGCUUUCAGGAUUUGCAAAGAUAGCCAUGAAGAAGGAAGCUGUAGUUUGAGGGGGGAAAGGUGGCAGAGAUAAGGGAUUUUUACCUCAGUAACAUCCUGCGGAUUCCAAAGCGGAAAGUUACAUAGCCACAGUAAAGGUCUCGUUGGAAUUAGUUUUUAAUUCAAGUCGCAGUUACUGCCAAUUUAGGCUACACUUGAUUUUGGAGCUUUUAUGCACAACAUUUUUGUUACACAUCACAAAUAUGCAACCUCUGCUCCUAAAAGGGAAACGCUGGUGGUGCAGUGGUUAAGAAUUUGGCUGCUAACCAAAGGUCGACAGUUCGAAUCUACCAGGCACUCCUUGGAAACCUUAUGGAGCAGUGUUCUACUCCUUCCUAUGGGUCGCUAUGAAUCAGAAUCGACUCCACAGCAGAGGGUUUGGGUUUAUUUAUUUAUUUUAAUUCCUAAAAGAGGAAUAGAAUGAGUUUUCUUAAACCGAGCUAAUUUUCUGAACUCUUAGUGAUUAACAUAUGUAUGUGGACUUUGUGAUCCCUUUUCAUAUUAGACCAUUCAGAAACACUUUGUAUAAACAAAUUGCUUUUUAUUUUCAUAUUGUUAGUAGUAUCAUGAUCCCAUAUCAGGCCUGUAAUUUGUUAUUAGUCUUCGAAGGAAAAAAAAAAAUGUAAAUACAUAUGUGUAACAUGAGAAUUUCUCUCUAAAGCAGGGCUUAAAAUUUUUUGGAAAAGUUUGGCAAAGUAUAUCAAGUGAGUUCAGAUUUACCUCAAUGCCGAUAAUUAUGUUCAGAUAGGAAAAAAAAAAAGAAUUUAUUUUGAUCUCAGGUAGAAAAAUAGAUUGCUUUGAGUUUUACAUAGCUUUAGACUUAAAAAAAAAAAAAAUAGCUGAAACUUACCCCGUUUAACUAAAAGUGAUGAGGUGUAUUACGCCUUUGGUUUAGUUGAGCCUUAUCCAGGGUAGAGUUUAUUUAGAUCUUGAACAGUGUUAGGAGAAUCAGAUUUUUAUUUGUUACUUUUAUUUAAAAACUAGCCUCUGCAUACCACAGAGCUAUUAAUAUGGCUUGGUUUGGCUUGGUCUUUACAAUUAAAUCUUGUAACUAACAAUGGAAUUGUUCUUUCAAAUAGGUAACGUGUUUUCGUGACUUAUUAUUUUGAGGGCAGCAAUGUAAUCUGCUCUCAUUUAGCCAAUCAAAUAAAGCAAAUGUCCAUAAAUCAAGAAGCAUUCCAACUUGGAAAGUUGCCUUUAGCACCUUUCUAAUUUUCAGUGGAAAUAUUGACAGGAUUUUUCUUUCUAUGAUUUGCCAUGAGGUUCAUUUUCAUCAUUACUAAUCUUUUAUUCAUUUGGGCUUAAAUACACUAGUGACUGAAAGGAAAUGUUUGUGAGGGAGAACUACAGCCCACUUCCUGGAGAAGAUUCAGUUAACAUAGGAACUUUCAAAGGCUGGACAGGAAAAUAUUUCAAUUCAGUGAGACUCAAUUAGGCUCUCUGUAAUAGCAAUGCUUUAGGCUAGAAGGAGUAGUUUGGCAGAUGAUGGUAAAUGUGUAAAGAAAGAAGGUGUAAAACAAUGGGGAUUGUGCUAUACUUAAAUCCCCUUCCUAAGGCAAAAAAAAAAAAAAAAAACAUUGUUUUAAUACUGUCCUGUGAAAUAGUCCUGAGGAUAUCAAUAUGCUACCCCGUAAUAUUGUGUAUCGGUUGGAAGCAUGAGCUAAGGCACCAAAUGGUCCGAAUUUACACUUGCGCUCUGCCACCUGUGGCUGAGUGACUGUAAGCCUAUUUCUGUCCCUCAGUUUCUUUGUAAAAUGGGGAUAAAUAAUUCUACCUCAUAGAGUUGUUGCGAAGUCUCAACACGGUAAUGCAGGUAAAGCAAUUAGAAAAGUGCCUGGCAAAUGUAAGAGCUUCGUAAAUGAUAGCUGCUAUUAAAAAUAACACCAACAACAAAACUUUAAUGGGCAUACAAACAGCAUGUGGAUUGGUUAGAUUGUGGAUUCUGAUUCGGCAGGUGUGAGUGAGACCUGAACUUUCAGAUUUCUAACUAGCUCCCAGGUGAAGUUGAGGUUGCUGGUCCAUGGGCCACACUUCAAGUCACAGUGGCUUCCAAAUUUUGCUGCACAUUGGAAUCCCCUGAUAAUUUUUAAAGAUAGGGGUGGCAGUCUUCCACCCCCUAGGGUAUGACCUGGGCAUGGCUAUUUAAAAAAAUCUCCCCAGGUAGUUCCAAUGUACAGCAAAGGGUGGGAGCCACUGCUUUAUGGUAUAUAGAUAAUACAGAUAACACUAUUAUUUAUUUCAUCUGUACUUCUCUUGUCUCCCUGCACUGACUACAAGGCCUUCAAAGGUAGGACCUCAUCAAGUUUUUUCUUUUUUUGGCACAGUGAUGGACAGAUUGAAUGUUAGGCCCUCAAGUAAAAUUUUGAUGAUUAGUCAGUAUUAAUAAAGCAUGCACUGCCAGUAGGGAACCAUACUAGAGGUCAAGAGGGAAACAAAAAUGAGAAAUGAAUCUUGCCAAAGGAUCGUGAAAUCUACGUAGUUCCAUCCUUAGCCAAAGGUGACAGUCAGUGUGGCUUAAUUUCAAGAGCUCUGGACAUACUUCCUCCCCAUCUCCACCCCUAAGGGAAAAGACAAACUCUAUCUCGCAGGCUCACUCAUUCAAAAACAAACCAAAACUACCACUACUGGUUUUUUCUUUUUGGUCUAAGGCAGUGAUUGUCAACUUGGCUACUCUGUAGAAUUACCUGGGGAGCUUUUAACAUCCCUGAGCCCAGACCACACCCAGAUCAAUCACAUCCAAGUGUCUACAAUGCGACCUGGGCAUCAGGAUGUUUGAAAGCUCCCCAGGGGUUUUCAGUGAGCAGCCAGGGUUGCAAGCCAUGAUCUAAGGUUUUCAUUGAUAUAAAUGUAAUUAUAAUCCAUUUAUUCUCAUCUCAGGGGAACUGAGUUUGUCAGGUCCUUUCCUGAAGGCAGGUUCAUAUAGCAGUGAGGCGGAGAGUGUAGGGGAAGGGCCCAGAAUGGGAAGAUGGGCUGCUGCAAGAGGCAUUUGGCAUUCCAAACAGUUCCCUAGAGCAGGGGUUGACGAACUAUGGCCUGUGGGCCAAAUCCAGCCCAUGACUUGUUUUUUUAAAUAAAGUUUUAUUGGAACACAGCCACAUUUAUUUGUCUACAUGUUGUCUAUAGCUGCUUUUGCUUUGUAAUGGCAGAAAUACAUAGUUGUGACAGAGACCAUAUGGUCUUCAAAGCCUAAAAUAUUUACUAUCUGGGGUCUUUAUAGAAAAUGUUUGCUGACCCCUGGUCUAGAGGGUUGACUCAGCAUCAACACAAAUACUCAGAAUUUUUACAACUACUUUUUAGACUCUUUGCAGUAUUUUAGUUGCAUGGAAACCCUAGUGGCGUAGUGGUUAAGUGCUAUGGCUGCUAACCAAAGGGUCGGCAAUUCGAAUCCGCCAGGCGCUCCUCGAAACUCUAUGGGCCAGUUCUACUCUGUCCUAUAGGGUCUCUAUGAGUCGGAAUUGACUCGUCGGCACUGGGUUUGGUUUUUUGGUUGUUUUCUGAAAGCAGAGCAUCUGUAUUGAUGUGCUGAGUCCUGGUUGAGCCAAGGUGUGGCAUCAGGUGGCCAGUGCUGUGGGCUGCUGCUCUCUGGCCUCAAGCAGCCUCUUUGAAUUACCCCGAUGUGCCAUAUAGUUGUUAGUGCCUUCUCCCUGGAAUCACUGGGUAGAGCAGACCAUUAAGCUACUAACCAAAAUGGUGGUGGAUCAGAUCUACUCAGAGAUGCCUUGGAAGGCAGGCCCAGAGACCUACUUCUGAAAGAUCACAGCCAUUCAAGACCGCAUGGGGAAGUUCUACUUGUAAAAAUAUGGGGUUGCCAUGAACCAGAAUCAUCCUGAUGGCCACUGAUCUUCUCUGCGGGCGGUAAGGUGGGGGAGUUAGGAGGCUGGACAGCAAAGUGGAUAGCCUGGAGGAGGUGGACAGACUGGGCUUGGAAUGCUUUGUGCCUAAAGCGCUGGAGUGAGGUGAGGAGAUGCUGCAGGAGGCAGAGGCUCCGGAGAUGGAGAGGAGGAGGGGAUGGAAGUCCAAGCCUGAACAGAACAGAAGGAGGCAGGGGGUGGGGAGGAUGGCCAGGAAGUGCCUGGGGGCUGCAUGUCAAUGCCCUGAGUCCAGGCUCUCAGAUUCCCUUCCACUCUUUCUUGAGCCAUCACUAUGCUCCUGAAAUUAGGUCAAAUCACUGUGUACUCCAGGCACAUGAAGGGAAAUAGAUACCAAGGAGGUCAUCGGAGCUGCGAUUGCUGCAAUGGCUUAGGGAGCCUGUGGGCCAAAACCAGUGGCUGCCCAAUUUAAGGCAACCCGUGAAGACCCUUUUUGGUGUCAGGGAGUUCUUAGUAGCCCACCUCUACACAGCGGGAGGUCAGUCCAGCUUUCCGGGAAAGGAACAAGUAAUUGAAUUUCUGAAAUGGUAGAUUUGAGAGAGAGAUACAACCAGUAGCCCUAAAGUAUCUGGAUUCACUUUAAAAAAAUAGUAAAAUGGAGACAGUUAUUCAUUUUACCAAAGAUAUUUAGAGCAGGACUUGUAAUUGCCUAGUACAGUUAAAAGACAAUUUCACACAGAAAUUUUUCUGCAUACAAGCAGCUUUUUAGGAAUUCAUCUGUAUGUACUGGUUUCUUACCUUUCUUCUUUAUUGGAAAUCUUAGUAAGACCAUGUUGCUCAUACUUUUUAAUUUUUGGCAACACAGUUACCAGGGAGGUCAGCUCUUUUUGGUGUGACCAUAUUAAUACUGAAUUUGGCAGUAUAGAGAUGAAUGCCUUAAUCUGGUCAAAGGGAGCGGGAAGAAGCCAGGUGCCCUAAGAGCCCAGUUCCUGCAGCCCUGUGAACUUAGGCUUUGGAUGUUAGCAUUGUCCUUGGAGUGAGUCCAAGGAAACUAUGACUUAAGCCAACCCGAGUAAAGAGACUUUCCUACUGGAUUGUGGCAAAGUGAGAAAAACAGUGAAUUUACAUUUUACUUGGGGAUUAGGUUCAGAAGAAAAUUAUCACCUUGAGUCAAAAUUACUCUUGAAAACCCUUAAACUGCCCAUAAAGUUCAGAAUUCUUGGAUUGGAGUAUGUGCCUGGUACAAUGUUACGUACAUAUAAAUAUAUAGCAUAUAUUCUGUUAUUAAGAGCACAUGAGCCCAACAUACUGUUUAAUGUUUGUUUCUCCCUAAGUAUCUGCAGGAAUUUGAGUAAAUCAGACAAGCAGUUGAUUGAAACUAUGGUAUAAAGAGCAUUGCUGAAGGACCGCAAUACUUGCUCCACAAAGCCUGGGACAUGGCCUUGCUGCUUUUGGGUACUCCUUUGCCAUGGCCUCCUUGCCCACCUGCUGCCCCCUGCCCCUGCUCCUGUUCUCUGACAGGCCAGCUCUGGCCCACCAGUGCAGGGGCAGAAAAGUGACUAACCAUCCAUUCACAGAGGCCCUUGAGGCAUUUUCCUCCUCUGUCUGGGGCCCUGGUGGCACAGCGGUUAAGUGUUUGGAUGUUGACCAAAAGCUCGGCAGUUCGAAUCCACCAGACACUCCUUGGGAACCCUAUGAGACAGUUCUACUCUGUCCUAUAGGGUCACUAGAAGUCGGAAUUGACUCAACAACAACAGAGUUUUUUUUUUU